CUUACUUACUUCAAAUGCGGUGGAGUGUCACUUGGUGUUGGCGUGCAACACCAUUCCGCGGACGGUUUCUCCGGUCUCCAUUUUGUCAACACAUGGUCCGACAUGGCUCGAGGUCUUGACCUUACAAUUCCACCAUUCAUAGACAGGACAUUGCUCCGUGCCCGUGAUCCGCCUCGCCCCGCUUUCGAGCACGUAGAAUACAAGCCUGCCCCAGCCAUGAAAACCGCUCAGCCAACCAAAGACUCUCAAUCUAGUCCUGAGACCGCGGUUGGUAUGUUCAAAAUGACAAGGGAACAACUCAACACCUUGAAAACCAAAUCCAAGGAAAACGGCAACACAAUCAACUAUAGCUCCUAUGCGAUGUUGUCGGGCCACGUUUGGAGAUGCGCGUGCAAGGCACGCGAGCUCCCCGAAGACCAAGAGACCAAGUUGUACAUUGCCACUGACGGAAGGUCUAGGCUGCAACCCCCACUCCCACCCGGCUACUUUGGCAAUGUGAUUUUCACGGCCACGCCGAUGGCUAUGGCGGGCGACAUCCAAUCAAAACCGACGUGGUAUGCCGCGAGUCGUAUCCACGACACGCUGGCGCGAAUGGACAACGAUUAUCUAAGAUCAGCCCUUGAUUACCUAGAACUUCAGCCUAGUCUAUCGGCCCUCGUCCGCGGGGCCCACACAUUUAGGUGCCCUAAUCUCGGGAUUACUAGUUGGGUUAGGCUGCCAAUUCAUGAUGCUGAUUUCGGUUGGGGCAGGCCAAUUUUCAUGGGACCGGGUGGGAUUAUGUUUGAGGGGCUAGCAUUCAUGUUACCAAGCCCGGCCAACGAUGGGAGUUUGUCAGUGGCAAUUGGUCUUCAACCUCAACACAUGAAGGCUUUUGAGAAGUUGUUGUAUGACAUAUGAUGGAAAGAGAUGCGUAUGAUGUGCCUGAGAAUCUUAAUUAGUCCCUCGUGAUGAAUCA